UAUUUUUAACGCCAAUGAUGCUAAACUGUGUUAUGGAGAUUACGUCAUACAUAUGUUCAGUUUAAAAUGAAAGUGUUGCAGCAAACAGAUGCGAUUGUUGUUAUUGUUUUCGAGCGACUUAUCCGAAUCAUCUACUCAGUCCUGUCAGCUUUCAGGAAGGUUAAUCAAUCGCGGUGGAUUGCAAGUCGGAUGAAGUGAGCUCCUGUACUUCAAGCUAAAAUGACUUUCAACCGGUUAUUAUGUAGAGCUGCUCUCGUCAGCAAAGUUGGAUCCAGAUCUGUAUUCACAAGCUCCAAGCCAGACCCUGCUAACCCCAACUGGUUGAGGGUGGGCCUUGCCUUUGGAACAUCUGCUUUCCUUUGGGGCCUGCUUUUCAAGCAGCACAGCACUGAUGUACAUGAGUACAAAGUAAGGAAUGGCCUGGAAUAACUCUUCACACUGUAGGAGGUCUUGUGGAUACACUGGUUGCUCAGCUUCUUUUGAUUUCCUCUGUUCCCGAUUCCUCACUCUGAAUUCUGUGUAAAAUAAAAAUGUAUCAUGUGAAAUAAA